GCCCUGCGCGCCUGCGCUGCUUCCCACGUGCCGCCGCCUGAGACUCGUGGAGUUGGGGACGCGGCGGUGCCUGGCGGCGCGGGAGUUCGGGGCUCGUCAUGAAGCCAGGUUUCAGCCCCCGCGGGGGUGGCUUUGGCGGCCGAGGAGGCUUUGGUGACCGAGGUGGUCGAGGUGGAGGUCGUGGAGGCCGAGGAGGCUUUGGCGGGGGUCGAGGAGGCUUUGGCGGGGGCCGAGGCCGAGGCGGAGGUGGAGGCUUCAGGGGCCGAGGUGGAGGUGGAGGAGGAAGAGGUGGAGGCUUCCAGCCUGGAGGCAAUCGGGGCCGAGGCCGAGGAGGCAAAAAAGGAAACCAGUCUGGCAAGAAUGUGAUGGUGGAGCCCCAUCGGCAUGAGGGUGUCUUCAUUUGUCGUGGAAAAGAAGAUGCCCUUGUCACCAAGAAUCUGGUCCCUGGAGAAUCAGUGUAUGGGGAGAAGAGAGUCUCUAUUGCAGAGGGAGAUGACAAAAUUGAGUACCGAGCCUGGAACCCCUUCCGCUCCAAGCUGGCAGCAGCAAUCCUGGGCGGCGUGGACCAGAUCCACAUCAAGCCAGGGGCCAAGGUUCUCUACCUUGGGGCAGCCUCAGGCACCACUGUCUCCCACGUCUCUGACAUUGUGGGCCAGGACGGCCUGGUCUAUGCUGUAGAGUUCUCCCACCGCUCUGGCCGUGACCUCAUUAACCUGGCCAAGAAGAGGACCAACAUUAUUCCCGUGAUUGAGGAUGCCCGACACCCACACAAAUACCGCAUGCUCAUCGCAAUGGUGGAUGUGAUCUUUGCUGACGUGGCCCAGCCUGACCAAACCCGGAUUGUAGCUCUGAAUGCACACACCUUCCUGCGUAAUGGAGGACACUUUGUGAUUUCCAUUAAGGCCAACUGCAUUGACUCGACAGCCUCUGCGGAGGCCGUGUUCGCCUCGGAAGUGAAGAAGAUGCAGCAGGAGAACAUGAAGCCGCAGGAACAGCUCACCCUGGAGCCCUACGAGCGAGACCACGCUGUGGUGGUGGGUGUGUACAGGCCGCCUCCCAAGGCGAAAAACUGACGCUCAAUGCCAUCUGGAUUCCUCCUGAGAUGUGUGCUGCUACUGUUGCACGUGUGAAGUUUUUUCUAUUAAAGGACUGUCGCUCCA